AUGACGGCCGCUCCAGACCCAGAGGAAAUCCUUCGUUCAACGAGAGGAAAGGAAAAUUUCCAGCGCAUUAUACGACUUUUAAUAAGUGGAGGGACCAGCCUGCUGAGGGAGACUUUUGACUCCAUAUGUCCUCCAAGUAAUCUUCCCACGAUUCUCAGCAAUCCAGUAACAAAGAACCAGCUAAAAGCUGCAAAACUCACCAUGCCACAGUGGCACUGUCUUUGUCCUUCGCCAGGGGUGUACGGCAAGUCAGCAGAUUUUGAUGUCACUCUGCUAUUCCGUUUACUAAGGACAAUAUGCAACCUCACCCCUCCCUCCACAGGAUGGGAUGCACUACCACUUAGUGCAGAUCACAGUUUAACAGCUGAUGUAGCAAGAAUGAAGUAUUACCGAAACUCAGUCUAUGGUCACGUGGGCCAAGGCAUGGCAAUCAGAGAUAGUGAGUUUUUAACACUUUGGAAAGAAAUCAGUGAAGCUCUUGUGAGGAUUGCUGGGCAGAUCAGUUCUACAAGGAAAACUGCAUGGCAAGAAGCCAUUGAUAAAUAUUUGACAGAUCCUCUUACGACUGAAGAUGAACGAAAUGUGCAAGAACUUAAGGCAUGGUAUAAAAAUGAUAUAGAGAUCAAGAAUUCCAUAGACGAAGUCAGUGAACGGAUAAGUCGUUUGGAGGUAGGGUAAAAGUAAGCAAUAAAAGACAAACAAAACAAAACCCAAAUAUUAAUUGACAUUUCUGUUGUAGAGAGAACUUUAAAGCUUCCAAAUUCAAUAGAUUUGUGCUUUUUGAUAAAGCUAAGGAGUUACUGGGUUAUUUUUAACUCGUGGGUACGCGCGAGCGUACCACUAGUUAUUGCAGGGACAGGGAAUGCAAAUGAGUCGCUCGGUCACUCGUAGUAGACGCACUUCGUAAUUAAUCGGGUCCGAACUCGAGAGCGCGAAGAUCUAUCGUUUCCAAAGAAGCACGCGCUCGCCGAAGUUCGGUGGCAUCAAAUUCCUCGCUGAGAGCGUGCAUCGUGCGCUACAGCACGGUUAGAGGAUAGAGGUCUUACCAAAUUCAAGACACGUAGGAAUCUUUCAGAUUAGUACGAUUCAAGAGCCUUUGACUCGUCCAGGCGUUAAACUUGACGAGAAGAUGAGCAUUUGCUCUUCGACUCCUUCAACUUCGAGGCUGGCUUGAUCUCCUACCUUGUAGUAAUGUAGUAGGUUAUAAUUAUGUGUGUGAAUGAAUGUAAGGUAAAUAAAGGCACUUCUUCUCCUUCUUAAGGACUCCCAAAGAUCACGGGGGAAAAUGGAGGUGAUUUUGAGCAUUAGUUUUAAAAUGACAGCGGAAAUCGAGAUAAGAAAACAUAAGCUGGGAGGAGUUGUGUCGGCUUUGUAUCGCAUAUGUUCUUUCAUUGCCAUGAAAUGCGUUUACAUUGUUUUUUACCGUCAGUAGCCUGGUUUCAGUUAGCCUUAAUUUCAUCCGAUUGCUUCGAGUCGUUUUUUCAAUCGGUUAAGUAUGGCUCGAUAAUUUGCCGGCGGAAGUUCCAUGGAAAAGGUAUUAAAUUUGAGACUUUUCCCACGUCACGCGAUCAUCCUCAACGGCAUAGUGGCUAUGUGAGGUCGGGUUAACCCGAAGGUUCUGGGUUCAAAUUCUGCUAAGAUCGUUCUUUUUGCCUUCUUCCUUUUUUUUUUUCUUUUUUGUUUUGUUUUGUUUGUUUAUUUGUUUGCUGUUUUGUUGUUGUUUUUUUUGUUUUUAAAUAUAUACCUAAAUAACUGUUAAUAAGUAACAAUUAUUCACCGAAGUGGAGGUGGCUAGUAGUGGGUAUUUACCGAACGGCCGCGGUCGUCGUUUUUUCUUGGCGACAAAUAAAACUUUUGAAGGCGUUUGUUUAGCUCUUGCGGGGACAUUUCUUCAAAAGGAGUUGUGAAUUCUUUUUGCAUUUAAAAUCGUUCUGUAAAAAAGAUAAUUAAAUUUAGGUUUAAGCUUAUUUAUGGACAAGUCAACUGAAUAAAGUAACGCAAGGCUUAAGCAAGCAAGGCUUAAUUUGCAUUCGUAAACAAAAAACUUUUCCACCGGUUUUAUCGAUAAAUUCAAGUCAAAAAGACAAAGCAUUACCUGUUAAAACUUCCAAACCGAACCUUGUCACCUUCUUCAUGUAUUUUGGGAAUAGCUUGAUUGAUCAGUUGUGAAAUUUCUUAGUUGAGGGUCUCAAUGGGGUUAACCGAUAGGCGUAAAACGGCCAACAAUUUAGUCGAUAGCCGUAAAAAUUGACAUAUUUUAACUCUUAGCCGUAAAUAGGGUAAAAAACAGUUAACCGUAAAAGAAAUUGUUCCCUAGAUUUGUUAUUUUUAAGGAAGGUGAUAAAAUUCACUUAUAGUUGCGUCUUUUUAUUCCCUGGCUACUUUUACUCCGUACGCACGUUAGGCCAAGCUCCUUUUAGGUGUUCACCUAGACCUAGGCUCCAUUGCCGCCGCUCACUCGAAGAACCAAGUUUCCAUAGGGAAAAUCUGGCUUCUUGCUGAGGAUUAAUAUUUGUGAUUUUAAGGAGGUCGUGCCCUCGAUAUUCUAGUGAAAUAACACGCAGAGAUGUCACUGUUUGUAAAACACGUUGCUGAUAAACAACAAUUCCCUGUUUUUCUCUGACGCUACGGUAGACAUUGCCAUGCCUAGUGCCUGUACGGCGUCUUCCCACGCAAUCUCGGUCAAGGCAUUUCGGUGGCAUACCUGAGGAAAAAAAACUCGCUCGGACCACGUGACCCGGAAUGCAUUAGCCGUGCGGAAUAAUGAGGCCUGUGAUACGGACAAGUCACGGCAGACAGUCGUUCUGUACAGUCCUUUCUGUAUCAUUAAAAACACUGGACGCGGGAAUAUUGUUGUUGGCCAUUUUCACACUAGAGCUAGAAAAUGGAUCAUCCGUCAGACACUAGCCUGCGUCCAGUCGCCCCCUCCCCCGCAAACACCCCUUUCCGUUUUUUUUUUUGUUCUGAAGGGAGGGGGCGGCUGUACACAGGCUAUCUAGAACGGAUAAUCCAUCUUCAAACUGUCCGUCAAAAUUGGCGGAUAAAGUCAGACAGAUUGUUCAUUCAAAAUUAAAACCGUUCCAUUUUCAAAUUACGACGUAUUACCUAUCUGGCGCGAAUUAUCAAACGGAUAACCCGUCUCACAUGAAUGAUCUGUUUCUGUUGUGAAAACGGCCAUUUCUGUUAUAAAUGAAUUCGCGCCCCGGCCUUGAGUUGAGCGUUCGCGUGUCUGCUUUUGCUUUUUCACAAAGAUUAUUUUUAUAUUGACUGUUGACAUUUCUAUGCGUAAAAUAAUAUUAGAAGUGGAAUACUGUAUGAAGCAUGAUCUAUUAAAUGUUGAAAUGUUUCAAAAGAAUAGCUUAUUUCAUCCCGAGAUGAUCCUAAGACUUUAUUUUGCUUUAAAGUUAGAAAAAAUACAGGUUUAUUAAUAUUUAACUCCUUGAAACAAAAGGAAUUAAUUUUUAACUUUUUUGUUAACCGUAACUGAAAAAAAUUUGCCGAUAGCCGUAAAAGAGCUGAAAUUUUAGCCGAUAACCGUAAAAGCCACCACCCCAUUGAGACCCUCUUAGUUUGUUACGGCAGCAAACCGGGAAGGCAUUUUGCUCGCAACUUACGCGAGUUUGGCGUAGCUCGCUGGGAGGAAGUGGAGGUGAAUCAGUGAAUAGUAUUGUGUUUCCAGAUUUAUAAUCUGAAUUUCUAUCGUUUCCUAAAAUUUACUGUGGGAAAACCAGAGGUGAUAACUAAUUGAUUAUUUUCUAAACAACGUACCCACGAGUUGACGAUAGUCUUUCUUUGAUUAAGUUUACUGAUUUAGUGCAACAUUCAUGUAAAGCAUCUUCUAUUUUGUCCCAGAUAUGGUGACUUAUGACACUUUGAAUUUUACACUCAGACAGCAUUUCAUGAAGGAACAGAUUUGAUGGAGGCAACAGUUUGUCAGGAAGCAAAAGAAAUUAAAGAUCAACUGGAAGAGAUGAAUCAGUCGAUAGACACACUCGCCUCUUCAAGUGCUGCAACAAACCUGUUAGAAACAGCAGUUCGUCACGAGGCAAAAGAAAUUAAAGAUCAACUGGAAGAGAUGAAUCAGUCGAUAGACACUCUCGCCUCUUCAAGUGCUGCAACAAACCUGUUAGAAACAGCAGUUCGUCACGAGGCAAAAGAAAUUAAAGAUCAACUGGAAGAGAUGAAUCAGUCGAUAGACACACUCGCCUCUUCAAGUGCUGCAAAACAGUCAUCUAGGGGUGAGUUUCUUUAAACAUUGCUUCUUUGCUCAGUGAACCGAGAGUUACCCAAUUGUUGUCACCUCUAUUAAGCGGCGACCAUGCGCUUGAUACACUUACUUUGCCUUUGUGUUAAGAAUGAAAGAAAGUAUAAUCCGAGAUAGACGGUGACGACCGAUUGUGGGCCAAUUUUGUUCCCCGUCACUCACGUGUUUGUUUUAAAAUAAAGUGAUGUUUCUUUUAAAGGUUAUUUUAUGACGAACCUCUAUUGAGCGGCCAAACUUUAAUUUUUCGGCCACAUGUCGGUUCCCCCGAGGAUAGCCGCUUAAUGGAGGUUCAACUGCGGAAUUAAAAAACAAAUAAAGAGAACAUGAUCAUGGCAGUGAAAGAAGCGAGUUUGCGAAAAAAAGCCUGAAAAAUUUAGGCUUGCCGAUAUUUGAUUGGAGCUUGUCAUUUUUUGUGGAGUGAAAUGGAGAAACAGGUUACAAUCACAUUUGGUCGUUUAUACCACCAUUAAGGUGGCUCGAUACUCUACAGUUUUUCAGGGUCAAUACCUCCCGAGUUGGAGCAUAAACUACGUCGCCAUAAACAAAGAUUUCGGGAAAAAUUGCCACCACAAUUGUAUUAGAUAAAGCACAGGGAGCCCACACAAUCUGUUUGUGUAGCCGAUUGUUAUUUUAUAGUAAAUGUACUGGAUCUACUGUUUGCUUCACCUACUAGUAUAGCGAUAUAUCGCUAACUAUGUAUAUAAAUCAAUGAUAAAUAAACGCUGAAUUACCUUACCUGUGGUAUAUAGUCGUCGUUUUACCUCAAAAGCGGUUUUUUGAGCGAUUUUGAAGGAGUUUGAAUUCGCCGUUGACUGUUCCUUAUAAUAGAAGGAAGGGUCCUUCUAUUAUAAGGAACAGUCAACGGCGAAUUCAAACUCCUUCAAAAUCGCUCAAAAAACCGCUUUUGAGGUAAAACGACGACUACAUACCACAGGUAAGGUAAUUCAGCGUUUAUUUAUCAUUGAUUUAUAUACAUAGUUAGCGACAUAUCGCUAUAGGUGAGGCAAACGGUAAAUCCAGAACAUUUACUAUAAAAUAACAAUCGGCUACACAAACAGAUUGUGCGGGCUCCCUGUGGAUAAAGAUGAAAAAGUGUUAUGAUCAGGGUUGCAAUGACACCGGAGUUGUCAUAGCAAGGAAAUGACGCCACCACCUAUUUUACUUGCAGCAGUAUUUCUCGGCACUGGGAAUUCUUCCUCCGAAAUCGUUCAUGGGAGCUUUUUCCGCCUAUAGCCGUCUCGACGUUCAUGAAGUUUAAGCGAAAUCUGUAAGAGCGUUAUCGAGAUCUUUUGGCGUAAGGUUUUUGUGGUUAGAAAUAAGGUACAAAAUGGACAAUCUUGAUGUUCGGCUGUUAUCUGUAAAAAAACGAAGCGCUUUUGACAUACAAUUUCACCUCAUAGUAGUUUCAAUCAUUUUGCAAACGUGUGUGAAAAAUCAUUGAGGUAGCUCCAGCCGAAACUAGAAAGAAGGAUUUGAUAAGUAUGUAUCGAGGCUGUUAGUUUGUUAGUAAUUUUGUAAACGUUUUGGUCUACACUUUAACAAAUUAGCGAAUAAUUUUUAAACCGCGCGAUAGAUUUUUGUAAAAAAUUUAAGAUUCUUGAGAUUAACCGUCCUUUUACAUUACUUUUUAGUUUCAGAUUAUUGAUGUAUUCUAAUGCAGUCAAAUAACAGACUUUUUUUAUGUCAUUAGCUCUUCUUAGAUUAAAGAUUGACUGCGAGGCCAUUUCUGGACCUGGUCUACAACAAGGAACUACGGUGAUGAUAGGGCAGCCACAGGAAUCCCAAGGAGUAAUCAAGCAAGGUGCAGUUGCACCGGUCACCUCAAGUCAGUCACAAGAGUCAAACACAACCGCUUCCCUAAGCGGAAAUGUCACAAACGGUGCCAUUCCUUCCCCACAGCAAAUUCUGAGUUUAAUUGCCUCAAAGUACCUUAACAACUUAAACCCAUCAACACUGGAAGAUUUUAAUGGUUUCAUAGAGUACAUGGAAAAGGUACGAAAAGUAAUGAUUGUUGACUGCAGCCCAGGAAGCUUGAUAAUCACAGUGGAAUGCAGUUCUUUGGAGAUCCUUGAAGAACUUUGGCAAGACUAUUGUACAGGUAAUCUUGGUCGAGUGGUGCAGCAAUACCUAGUAACGGAGGAUCUUCUAAAAGAACUUGGACUAACGGAGGUAAAACUGAUCAUGACCAUCGACGAAAAAGACUACAGAGAUUGUCAAAAGUACUUAGCAGGGGGUAGGUAUGAUCUACAUGAUACACCCAUGGGACACCCAUGUUACGGUACAACCGAGUUUAAAACACACUUCAAACCUACUAAUCUUUGGAUCGAGAAAUUUUGAAUGAGAAGACGAAUAGAAAGAGAAACAAACGAGUUUAGACAGAGAAAAUGUAGCUUACAUUUUUUAAAUUUAAUAUCUAAAGACCAACCCACGAGAGAAGCCAAUCAACAGAAAGUUGCUUAAAGGUGCAAAAAGAAGAUAACCGAAAUGGUGUUUUGUCAGGGCACGCGCCUAAAGGGAUCUAUAAGUGAAUCAAAUACAUUUUUUAUCUUUCUAUCAACGGUUCAUAUUUUGUUGUGUAUAAGUUAACUGAGGGAGCCCAUUCCUCAUAAGCCCGGUGGUUUCCCUUGGACUUUCUCGCCAUUAGCUUUUAAAUCUUUAGAUAUUUCUUGUUUUUAUGUACAUCCUUAUGGCAAAACAAUCAAAAUGUAAUCUAUGUAGCUUGCAUUUUCAAAGGACUAGGCCAUGAGGUGAACGGAAAAGUUCAUAAAAAUGGAAAAAGAAGAUAACCGAACAAAUUCACUGAUUGGUCGAGAGCUCUUUCCUUUUAGAGUUUAGACAAAGGAAGUGCCCUUUUUUGUGUUUGCACCUGCACCUGCACCUAUCCCGUAGUCAGGGCGCAACGGACCUAGCAACCCUUUCCCCCCAUUUGAUUUUGUUUUCAGCUUCUCUAAGGACGUCGCAAAACUUUAACCCAGUCCACUCAGGUUCUUUUUUCGGCCUCUUCUUCACCUCCUUGCACCGUUCCUUGUAAAAUUGUCUUGGCAAGUCCUGCUGAACUUGGUAGACGCCCCAACCACUUUCACUCGCGUUUCUUUACCGUGGUUAAGAUGUCAUCAUAGGGCCCGAUCGAUGGCUUGCUUGAAUCUGUCUCUGCACAGUAAUUUUUAAGGAGUUAUUAUAACUCCAAAAUUGGAGUAAAAAUUUUAGGUACAGGAUAACCCCUUUUUGGGGGUUACUUUAACUCGUAAUUUAACUCCAAAUUUGGGGUCAUUUUUACUCCUGAAAAAGAGUUCUUUUUACUCCCAGUCUGGAGUCAAAAUAACUCCGAAAAUGGGGUUAUUUUACUCCUUGCAUGGGUUGUUUUUACUCUUUUUGGAAUUACUUUAACUCUGAAAGUGGAGUAAAAAUUUUAGGUAUAGCAUAACUCCUUUUUAGGGGUUACUUUGACUCCUCAAUAUCUGGGGUCAUUUUUACUCCUCAAAAAGAGUUCUUUAAACUCCUUUUUGGAGUUAAAAUGACUCCCCAAAAAAUAACUCCACUGUAAGGAGUUAAAUUAACCCCACUAGAGAAGUUAUUAUAACUCCUUGAAAAUUACUGUGUGACUGCAUCGUUGAUGAUGUGGUCUCUGUAUGAUACGCCAAGCAGUUUCCCAAAGCAUCACAUCUCGAUGGCCUUCAAUUUCUUCAGGAUGUCCGCUGUCAAUGUCCAGGUUUUUAGGCGUACAACAGUACUGAAAUAACCAGGGAGAGUAUAAGUCUGAUCUUUGAGCUUAAGGGGAUAUACCUUUCGUUCGAGAUGGUCUUCAGUCUCGCUAGUGCUGCUUUUGUCUGUGUAAUUCUGGACAGUACUUCAGGCUUGGAACCUUGAUCUAUGACGACUGCGCCCAGAUACUUGAAGCCUUCAACCUCGUCCAAUGUUUCACCGUUGAUUCUAAUGUAAAUGCUGGUGCGAUUAAUGUAAUCGGCAAAACGUAAGUUGGUAUUUGUUCUGUUUUCGAUUCUAACUGUUCCUUGGUGAUCUUCUAGUGCGUCAGUCAUAAUUCUCUCCAGAAAGACGUUGAAAAGAGUCGGCGAGAUUAAACACUCUUGUCUGACUUCGACUGUGGUUCUGAACCAGUCUCCUAUGGCGCCAUUAAGGUAGACUACACUAGUGGCCUUGUUGUUGAGGUUUUCAGUGGCUUGGAUCAGGUUCGUAUUAAUAUUAUAAAGCCUUAUAGUAGACCAUUGGUCUUCAAAGACGUGAUAGAGGUCUUGAUGUUGCAGGUACUUCUCACACAGUAUCGUAAGAUUGAACAUCUGUUCUGUGGUACUGCGUCCUGGUCUGAAGCCUACCUGUUCUUCGGCGACGAUUGAGUCAGCCUGAGGCUUCAGCCCGUUUAACAGCACCUUCAGCAUGACUAUACUAAGCUGGCAUACUAGGCUGAUUGUGCGGUUGUUCUUGCACUGUUGAAGGUUACCUUUCUUGGGAAGUGAAGUGAUAAGAGACUGGGUCUAUGGUAGGGACCACUGUUCUGUCUGCCAUACCUUAUUGCAGAUUUUAUGCAAGGCGCUUAUCACGGCAUCUCCUCCUGUCUAAACCAGCUCCCCUGGAAUAUUGUUUAUCCUUGAAGAUUUUUCCUUCUUAAGCGAUUUCACAGCUGGUUCGUCCUCUUCCUGCAAUAUUGGGUAGUUAUCAUUGUUAUUUACUGGUGAGACAAUCAGUACCUCUGGAUCGAGCAGCAACUGCCUUUUCAACAAGCCUCGAUACUACUUUUAAGUUCGAGAUAGGACGAAAGUUUUGGAACUGUUCAAAGUCAGCAUCAGAUUUUUUCAAUGUGGGCGAUAAUAUAGCAACCUUCAGAGCAUCGGGCACAACACCAGUCGAUAAGGACAGAUUGAUGAUCCUCGUAAUAGUAGGAAGUAAUACGGUAAGACAGCCAUUCAAAACUACCUCAGGUAGAGGAUCAAGUUCACAAGAUUUAGAUAGUGGUUUCCUUGAAAACUUUUUUAUUUCCUCCAGGAUAACCUGAGCAAAGUUACAGAACUCUGCACCACAAACUUUGACCUCAGGAGGGGAAGACCUAACGCGUAAUUUCCUUUCAACAGGCCCAUGAUGUAUUUUAUCAAUCUUGCUGGUAAAGAAAUCGGCAAAUGAAUUUGCCAGGGCAGUAUCAUCAGAAGAAGGAGGAUAACGCUUUUUGGUUGAUUUUUGCAAUGACUUUCCAACAGUCUUGAACAAUAUCCUCUGAUCUGAUGAAUGUUCAUCAAUGACGUCAGUGUAAUAUGUCGACUUUAGUGACCCAAUCAAAUUAUUGACAACGUAGCACUGAUGAACGUCUUGCUCACGAUCACAUAGUAACCUAGUCGAACGCCACUUUCGCUCUAACCGCCCUCGGAUGUUUUUCUGUACAACCACUUCCGGCUUAUACCAGGGAGCACUAUAAGUCGUAAUGUUACUGUUCGCCAUUUUAAAGGGGCAUAGAGAUCCAAGAGGGAUCGCAAUACAUUGUCAUAUUGAUCCACAAGAGCGUUGAGUUCAACAGCUUGAUCCUGUAGCAAAGUAGAAGUCAAGAUAUCUUCACAAAAGCAUUCAUUAUCCAAAGAACGCAGUUUCCGAUAGUACAGCUUUUUCUUCGUGAAAUGCGGUUUUUGUACACGCAGGCUACAAUGAACCGUACAGUGAUCUGAGAUUACAGGGUCGAAAAUCUUGAUUUCAGUAACGAGAGGAUUAUCUUUUUUAGAAAUUACAAGAUCCAAAGUGUGUCCGUUAGCGUGAGUUGCUCCAGUGACGUGUUGUUUUAGGUUGCAAGAUUCAAGAAUUUCAUUAAAGCGGUUUGCAGAGAUGCUACAGGGGUCAUCAACAUGUAAAUUGAAGUCACCAGAUAUAAGUAAGUGACCCGUGGACUCAGCCAUAAUUUGUUGCAGAAGCACUGAGAAUUCUUCAAGAAAUAGCACACAUGAGGUGUUAUCAGGAGGGCGGUAAAUAAGCAGAACUCUAAUGGAUUGAAGACUUCUAAAGUGAAUAUCAAUGAGUUCAAAUGUCGUAAAGGUAUCGGUGAUGUGACUGUUUACUGGAGAGUGUCCUUAAAUAACAAACCAACACCUCCACCUUGGGAAUGACCCCUCGGAACAUGUAAAAAUCUACAGCCAGUUGGACAUAGGGUUCUAAUCUCAACAUCAUCAAUGUUACCAGGACGCAGCCAAGUUUCAGUGAGAGCCAAAAUAUCAAUGUCUUGAUCAACCACGAGGUCUUUAACUUCCAUUGCCUUGUUCUUAAUGGAUCUAACGUUAACAACACAAAACUGAACACAGCGACAGUCAAUUUUGGGGGAAGAAUCGGUUGUAGUUACUGAUAUUAAAUUAUUCAAGUUUACACCACGAAGUGGCAAUGGCCCUUGGAGAUAACCAAAAUUAGCAUAAUCACGUUGAGUUGUUCUAGAAAAUAUAUUUAAAUAAUUUUCUCGGGUCUUCUUUCCACCUUUUCCUCCUAUAUACCUCAGAACACCAUGUGAUUUUAGUUCGCCCAGAGCUUGAGGACAAGGAGUACAAGCACUCGAUCGUAGGCUUCGGAGAAAUUUCCUAGAGUAUUUCAUAGUCAACGAAGGCGAAUUAUAUAGUAUGCGAGUGGCGGCCAACAACUUGUGAAGUGGAAAACCGAUCGUGCAGAAGCCGACCACCAGUUAAGUCGGGGCCAGGAUUCAAGGAAACGUCCAUAAAUAUCGUAAUGUCUUGAGGAGGAUCAUGACCAGGCACGAGCAAACUAGUGUAACCGCGUACAUUUGUAUUGGGAAUAGCAUGAUUUGUAGUGAUAUUUGGCAUAACAAGUGAUAUUUCAAAAUUGUUACAUGUAAUUUCACGAGCUGAUAGGUGAGGGAAAUUUGAGACAAUUUUGAAAUAUCACGAGUGGUACUUAUGCCAAAUAUCUCGCACAAAUCAUACUAUUAUUUGUUUACUCUACUACCCGCAAAAGGUUUGUAAUUUUCACAUGUAGGUUUUUCAGAUUAAGCUGAAAUACCACUACUCUAAGCCAAUCAAAUUGCAGAAAUUUCUCAUGUAGUAGUGUAAGAUGUCAUUUUGUGAAAUUUGGCAUUCGUUUUCUUGGGCUCCCGUGUGAAAUUUUCUUUGGUGUUAUUACAGAUAACUAAUUACAACUAUAGCCCUUGAAAAAUGUAAAAAAGAAUGCGAUAUUGUUUAAAUUAUUUUGGUACAAGAUUUUUGUCCACUGAAAAUAAAAUUACUCAAUUUCCUGAUGGAUUCCGUCUUAAUUACUUUAAAAUCUCAACUUGAGACUUUAGAGACUUUAGAAGAGCUUUACUUCUUACAUACAUCUACACUGUACAGUCGAAUCUCCAUUUGCGACCACCUCUCGUUAGCGACCAUCUCCCAUAAGCGACCACCAAUUCAAAACACCAAAAUUUUGGGGCGAUCUGCACCUAUACCGUAUAUUGUCUAGAGGUGGUUUCCAAACCUUUCGGGCCCGAAAAGCGGCUUUAUGUUUACCGUUUUGGCAUUCAGGAUCAAAUUGAAAAUGAUACAAUGAAAGUAUCAGUUGACGGUUGUGAGCAGGAAACUUUCAUGGUACUAUUCAAUAGGUUUUGAAUUUAAAAUUCGCUGACGGGCCCGAAAAGUUACCGGGCAUUUCGGAAAAAGGGGCCCCUGGGACCUGUUUCUCGGAAGUCCCGGUAACUUUUCGGGCCCGGAGAGCUGUUUUGUGUUUGCCGUUUACCUUUAAGAUCAAAGUUUCAAUAAUCUUGAAAAUGAUACAAUGAAACUAUUAGUUAACGAAGCAAAAUUGACAGGUUUGUGAGCUAGGAACUGUGCUGCUAUUCAACAGGUUUUAAUUUUAAAAUUUGCCUUCGGGCCCGAAAAGUUACCGGGCCUUUCGAAAAACGGGGCCCUAGGCCCCUUUUUGGAAAGUCCCCGUAACUUGCCCCGUACUUACUUUAAGGGAGGUCUCCGCCUCCCGUAAGGUUACCGGGGAAUCAGAAACUAACAAAAUGGCUGCUGAACGCAAGCUGUGGAAGGAGACCAGGGGCCCGUUUCUCGAAAGUGCCGAUAAUUAACAGGCCCGUAAAGCUGUUGUUGUUUUCAUGCAAGAUAGCGGUUUCAAUAGUUUUGCAUCUGACAUGAUAAAAUUAUGAAACAAAAUGGGGCAGUUUGUUAGGCAGGACCCGCGCUCUUAUUCUUUAUAUUUCCAUUUAAAAAUUCGAUUUAGAGCCCGAAACGUUACCGGAAUUUUCGAGAAACGGGCUCCAGCACAGUCUUUCCAAAACGACUGAUUGUUGCCGACAUCCCCGAUUCCAAAAUCUCAGGGCGAAACAGUCGAAUAUUAGAGAUCUAUUUAUUUUUACAAAGUUUAUCAAAAUGUGCGUUGAAAAGGUACGAAAAUCCAGACGUUUCGAGGGUGCUCCCUCUUCCUCAGUGGUUUUGGUUCGUAUUAGGGAUCUGCCGAUCGGAAAUCGGCGACGGUAGUGAAAAACGUCAAUGAAAGCCCAACUUCGCCUCCUUUCAAAUGUUUUGAAUCGUGAUUCUUUACAACUCGCUCAGUCUGGGAAAUUAAGCUAGAGCUGAAGAGAGAGGACCGCCUUAAACCCUAGAACCGCACAGUAAAAUCAAAUCGCCCUGCCGUUCAGGUUCUCAAGAGUUUAUAACAUUUGGUCAUUUCACGUCGUAGUUGUGAAGGGACAGCAAAGAAAUUGAAAGAAAAGCUUGAUGCACAUGCCGAGUUGCUGUUUUGCUUAUUAAACCUAUUGAGAUUUUAAGCGUUUUAGUUGCCUUCGCCAUCAGAGUUUUGUAAGGUCCCUAUCAAGCAGCCAUGACGUCGACGCCAGCGCAAACAUCACGAACAAGUCGAAUUCGUGCUUUUUCGAACUUCAUCGUCAAGUUAAAUUCAGGCCUUAUUUUAUAAACUGUAAAAGCGUAAUUUGGGUCUUCAACUGCGAUGAUCUCCAUUUUUCAAAAAACAAACCGAUGAAUUACAUGCCUUACUUUUCUUGUAACACACGUUUUAAAAUUAUUAUUAUUUUUAAUUCUGUAAGUUACUUGUUAUCAUUUCUGUACCUCCUACUCCCAUUACAUCAACUUGUUUACACGUCACAGGUUUCGUAUUUAAAGGGCUAACUUUACUUAUAAAGAUGUCAUUUUAUUAAACAAUUGGUCAGUAAAUUUACUUUGGAAGUAAGAAGUAUAUUUUCUUAUGACAAAAGUGCAACUUACAAUCUUACAAAUUUAGCAAAUUAUGAUGUCAACGAAUUGAUUUUUUCAGAACAAAAAAGCUGCUUUUUGUAAAAGACGCAAAAAUCGGCAAAUGUAAAGAAUAAAUUUCUAAACUGAUUAAGGGAAAGGGAAAAAGGUAAAUAAGUUAUUUCUGCUCCUCUGCUGUGCUCUUGUGGUUUGUCCAAAAAAUUAGAUCUUGAACCAAUAUGGAACAGUCAAAAAGCAAUGUUCCAUUGUCUCUAAACGCUGAGAGGAAUGCCUAUUGCAUGCAUUCUAAAGGUUAGUUUCUUUUCUUUUAGCUAAUAGUUAGCAUGCAGUGAAAAUGAACAGUGCCGAUAACAAAAGUUUACGUUUAGUAUAUUCCCUUUUUAAAUCUUUUGACGUUUGCUUUUAAUCUUCAUAGGUUUCCAUGCAACUGUGCCGGAACCAUUUGUGUCAAGCAAGCCAGGAGAGGCCUCUAAUUUGCCACUUCCAUUGUCGAAGGUUAAUUCAAUCCCGGGUGAUGCAAGCAUGUUUCCUCACAGCGAUUGGUAUGUGCAGGUUUCGCUCUUGGAAAUUUUUUUGUACAAGUCAUGCACCAGGAGAUCAUCACGUUAGAAGUAGAUUCUAGUGAUACUAUCGGAAGUUUGAAGGAGAAAAUCAAAGACAAGAAAGGCUUUCCAGCUGAAGAGCAACUUCUCUUCUUUCAAAGAGAAGAAUUGAAAGACGACCGAACAGUCAGUGACUACAACAUUCAGAAUAAAUCAACCGUGAUCUUAUCACUCCAAAUAUAUCGUUUGGAAGUUACUAUCCUUUCGGAGGGCACGAGACUAGUUACCCUUGAAGUGAACCCGACUGAUUCCAUCUUAGAGCUCAAACGGGAAAUACAAAACAUUACAGGUGUUCCGCCAAAAGAGCAAAGUCUCCGCUUUGAUGGCAUAGAACUAAAAAAUGAACGCACUAUUUUUGAGUACAAUAUCCAGAACAAGUCAUACAUUAAUUUGGUUGCACAAAUGAUAAAAGUUUAUGUGUUGAACCCGUUAACUCAAGAAAGGAUAACAUUGGUACAGAAGCCAAGGGAUACUAUCGGAAUUGUCAAGGACAACAUUUAUGCCCAAACUAAAAUUUCAUCGGACCGGCAAGUUUUGGAAUUCAAUGGUAGACAACUCGAUGACCGCAAGACUUUGAAGUACUACAACAUUGAGAGCGAAUCCCAUCUGCUCUUAUAUGAAGCGGUGGUAAUCUUUGUUGAGAUGUUGAAUGGAACAAAGGUGAAGUUAAAUCUCUGUAAAAACAACUCUAUCGGGGAUGUAAAGAUGAGACUUAAUCUCGGGGAAGACAUCCCAUGGGAUAUGCAACAACUCUCUUUUCGU